AUGGUAUCAAGUGCCAUUCUUUUCGUCUUUUUAUGUUUCACUGAUAAUGUGAUUGGUGAAUUCCACUUGAAAUUUAUCGGCCCAGCCCUUAUAAUUCGGCACCUACCUACACUCACCCUCACGCAUAACGACAUAAUCAUAGCAACGCAGCAAGGUGUCUUGGCCAGGUUAAAUGGUGAAAAUGGAGAUAUAAAAUGGCGGAGACAGUUAAUCCGUAACAAUGGUAUUAUUACUAAGAUGCAAUUUGUGAACGAUGUUGGUGGCAACGGAGUGGUUGCAUGCUCAGUGCAAUUUAUGGAAAAUGCGAAUGAUUCAACGCCUAAUAAAUCUCUCGUGAUGAGCGUCAGCUUGUUGGCAAUUGAUGAUGGAUCAGUGGUGGCCAUUGAAGCUGACGGGUGGGAUUAUAACGACGGUAUAGGUGUUCCGUCCCCCGUGAUUUUCUCUGACAAUGGAUUCAUCACAGAAGUCGCUGACUCCACGCAAAGGGUCAAAGAUUUUUGCCUGCUUUCAUAUAGGCAGAGUAUAUGGCUAGCAACCCUUAAGACUGGGCAAUUAGUGUUCACCCAUUGGAAGGGUAAGGAAAGGAUUGAAUGGGUGGCAGAUCCCACUACAUAUGGGGAGAACGCCAUAUUUACGCUAAUAUGUCCUCAGUAUGGCAAUAAUAAACACAAACACAAAUUGAAGGUACAUUUGCUGGUGCAGAGAAUGGUCAAUACAAAUUUUAGUACUUAUUUCCCUGUGGAAAGUAUUGUAACUUUGGAAUGCUCACCAGAGGAAUCGAUGGUAUAUGAACAAGUAACAUACAUUAGCGACAAUGUAAAUAUUCCAAGUGAGUACCUCUUUUUAUCGCAAAAAUCUCAAGGCCAAUGUCUGGCACAACUUGCCACUAUCUCAAGUAUAUACCACCUAGAUAUAUACAGAUUAGAUAAUAAUAGCAACCUGCAGUAUUACAGAAUUGAACUUGGCGGUCAGUCUAUGAAAUUCACACUGGACAACCUUGACAAUUGCACUUACACUCUCCUGUCUCAAGCAACGAUGGAUAAACAUUUAAUUGCAGUUACAGAUGAUGGCGCUAAACACCUCAAAUUGCCACAAAACUCAACUCCAUGCUAUUGUUUAGAUGAAUUAGUCUAUGCCGUCACAGUCGAUGAAGGUGGUAAGAACUAUGUCUUGCUGUAUCAAGUGAUGCAAAGAGUUAAAACGAUUGCAAAAUUUGAAACCUCCAACAAAUCAAAAUCCAUCAGCGCAUGCGCUAUAAAUAAGCUGCGGUGGCACAGUCUGGAAGGUGGAAUUGGCAAUCUUGUACUACAAUUUGACGAUCAAACUUUUCAAUCUUACUUUCAAAUGAAGUUUAAAUUUGAGAGGUUCGAAUCUUUAUCCAAUGUCGUAAAGACGAUAGAUUUGGGCGAUCAACAAAAGUAUGUGGAAAAUAAAAGGGUAUUAGAUUGGUUCUUGUUUGAAACGGAAAUUAUAAGAUUAUUAUACAGAAUGGUUAGGAACAUAUACUUAUUUCUGGCUAAAAUACUCCCUUUUGUUGCAUUCAAAAUCAUCAGACCCAUCCCCUUCACCAAGUCAGUGGAUCCACUAAUGCACAACCACAAAGAUACUACUAGUCAAAUCUUCACUUGCGAAGAUUUCCUCCAGUUCCAUAACACACGGUAUUCGUGUAUGUUAACACUCGGUAAAUUUGAUGUAUCAUGUGCUGUGACAAAUAGUGACAAUGAGAGGAUCGGUAGAAAUGUAAAGUUCUGUGGUCCAUUUCACCACAUCAUGUACCAGCUUUACAAAGUGCACAGUUUGAAACGAAUGGCCACAAAUGGCUUCACUUUAUCCGCCAAAGGUGAUAGUGGCAUUGUUUACAAAGAUAUACUCGUCUGUUUAACAUCCAACAACAUGAUUUUUGGUAUAGCAAAGAAAAGUGGUGAUAUUUUAUAUCACAUAAAUUUGAGACUUUUUAAUAUUGAUGGUCAAUUUUCGUCCAAAAGUGUUGAUAAUGAAAACUUGGUGAGUGUUAUAUCACUGGGUGAUGGUACUUUGGCGGUCAGCAACGGUGAAAAUCUGUACUUUUUUAAUGGUGCAACCGGUCACUUAAUUAAAGAGUUGAAAUUGCACUAUGAAGUUACCCAUUUGCAACUUUUGUCGCCCAUAAUUGAGUUGAUGUCUAUACCGCUCCUAUUUGCAUCUGAUGUCAAUAAGUUUGCUACACUCAUCCCUCCUCCCGAUGGCAACAAAUCAUCGCAGGCACAUCCAUAUAUGACACAACCGCAAAUGAUACUAAUUAACAAAUGGAUUGAGGAAAAUGUGACAGUAGUGAAGCGAGACGGUGAUCACAUCAUAGGUUACACGCUCACUUAUAAGUCAAGCUAUGAUAAUUUAAAUGGGAUGGUGCACCUAGAGUUGACUGUCAAAUGGAGUGUGAGCUACCCGGCCGCCGCUAAACGUAUUGUAGCAAUUUCAGUGCCCAGUAACCAAUCUAUGAGGGGGUACUGUGAAUUUAAUAGCGAUAAGACCUUCUCACUCCCGUCCUUAAAUCCCCACUUGCUCUACAUCGUAUCUAUGGACACUAAAGCGCAGGAAGGGUGUGUAUAUAAGGAGAAAAUGCUUGAUGUUUUGGAUGCGUCAAAGGGGAAAAUUGUAACUUCAAUCAUUCUAGCACAAGGGGCCAGUGAACCCUUCAAGUUACUGUCGACGGAUAAUCUCUUAGCCCUGCAUUAUUGGAAUGCACAAUUUAACCGACAUGAGCUGCUAGUACUGGAAUCAUACAAUUCACACGGUGAUCUGGAAAUAUCGUCACUUGUAUUUGGCGCGCCAUUCGGCGUUAGCGCCAUGUCAGUCACCAAAAGUAGAUUGUCCGUGCUGGGAAAAAAGUUCAUUUUUGCUCUAUCGAGCGGUCACUUUGUGGUGUUUGAUGAGUCAAUUAUAAAUGCUAGGAGGGCUGCUCCUAAAAAUCUUUUAACAUAUUUCUUCGCAUCUGUCCAGGAUAAGAUCUUGCCCAACCAAGUGUUCCCUAGGAUACGCAAUAAGGUUGCAAAGGAAGGUUAUGUCAAGGACUACGAGACGCUCAUUGGGUUGGAGAAUGGUAAAGUAUUGAACCUCUUUCUACCAGAGUGCAGACGGAUCGACAGUUACUAUUCAAAUUGCCCGGAGACAGAAUCACAUUUUGCAGCUUACGGCCAUGAUCUGGCCUAUUUCACCCUAAAAAUUAAUAACACUAAGGAUGAAUAUGUAUGA